AUGCACGCACCCAAUGGUAAGCCUUGUCCUUUGAAAAGUUCUGGCGUUGGUUGGUUAUAUUGGGAAAGUUUUUGCUUGCAGGCGCUGUCGCCUUUAGAGAUGAUGAGAUUGGUUUCUUCAAGAGUGCCAUUGCCUCAUAACAUUCAAGAGAAUGAACCAAUAUUCGUUAACGCAAUGCAGUACCAUCGUGCUAAGCUUGAAGCUCAGAACAAACUCAUCAAAAGCCGUAAACCUUGCCUUCAUGAGUCUCGCCAUCUUCAUGCUUUGAAGAGAGCUAGAGGCUCUGGUGGGCGUUUUCUCAAUACAAAGAAGCUUUAA